UAUUGAGCUGAGUGUGUACCAGGUGAAGAGAUUAGAAAGUAAAGUACAUGAGCUGGUUAUAUAAGCUUAUAAAUAUUAAAAAACUAGAAAAUUAUGCUUGGUAUAUAUUUAUUUAUAUACUUAUUGAGUAUCUCAGACGGUGAAGCCACUGAGUGUCCUAAAGAGUGUCCGGAUGAAUAUAAUCCAAUUUGUGUACGAGGAAUUUCAUAUGCAAAUAAAUGUGUAUUGUUACAGGCGAUUUGUAAAAAUAAAUUAGAUGAACAAAUUCUUUCUGAAAUUGAAAAAUGUCCCUCGUAUGACAGACAAGCAGAAGCCAAAGAUAAAUCCGUAGAAGCAAUUGACAAAAAUGGCGUAAUUUUUAGAUCAUUUUUUAAAGAUCAAAGUAAUAGCGAAGGAGCCGAGGAAUAAAAAUUAAAAAAUUUUAUUUGCUAUUGCAGUUUUAUUUAUUUACAUAAUAAUCAUUACAUGAUACAAUGACUGCUUUUUUAAAAUUAUAAGUACCGCCAAUCUAUAGUAAAAUAUUUGAUUUUUUUUUAUUUUAUCAUUCUAAUUAAUUAUUAAUAAGUAGCAGCAAUUUUAAAUUGUUAUAAUUAUUAAGCCUACAUUAAUAAACUAUGGUAACAAUAACUUUACAAAAAUGCACUUACUAAAUAUUUAAAUCUAGUCAAAGAAAAAUUCUGCUUAAUACAGGAAUGAUUAUUUUAGUUUUAUUUUUUUCUUUAUUUUAAGCAUCUGCAGAACACAUGUCAAUAUAAUUUUUGGUUCAACCAUGUACUACAUAAAUUUUUAAUGUAAAUAAUUUACAGAAUUUUAUAGAGCUCAAAAUUCUCCGUCGAAUGAGUACCAACAACGAUGGAUUCCGAUAAAAAAAUUUUUCAAAAAUUAAAUUCACAAUUUCCCAAAAAAAAAAC